AUGGUCUCACUUGGCGCAGGUCCCGACCACUUGAGCGCUCAAGCAGCAAUGACGACGGGCUCUUCGUGGCGGGCGUUCGCUCUGGGCAUUCGCUGGGGCUGCGGCCACUCGAUCGGGCUCGUGGUCAUUGCGCUCAUCUUCUUCGCUGCGGGGCAGACGGUGGACUUGGACGCCGUGGGAGGCUACCUCAACUACGCCGUGGGCUUCUUUAUGACCGCGCUGGGCAUUUGGGCGGCGGUUCACGUGCGGGAGAAUAUGAGCUUCGAAAACCCUGCGACACAAAAGGUAGGUCUUGUGGCUCUACGUACCCGAUGUGGCUCCGUUGGCAAACGCUCACAUCAUUCAUUGCACAUAAUGGCUCUCCUCGUGGGGAUCAUUCACGGCUUCGCAGGACCUGGUGGAAUUCUAGGCGUGCUGCCUGCUGUGGUCCUGAACGAUUGGGCCGUCGCGUACCCCGGCUCCUUCUGUGUAGCGUCGAUCUUCAUCAUGGGCGUGUUUGCGGCGCUCUACGGCGAAGUCACUGGUCGUCUGGGUGGCAACUCGCUGGUGAUGGAGUUCCGGAUCGGAAUCUUCUCCGCCUUCCUCUCGUUCAUCGUGGGCGUCGCCUGGAUCGGCCUGCAGGCGUCAGGCCAGAUGGACGCCGUACUCGGAGAAUAA